AUGACAGAUCAGAGUCACAAACCAAGCGGCGCCGUCGUGAUUCGCCAAGUAUGGGCGAAGAAUCUCGAAUCGGAGUUUGAUUUGAUAAGCCGGAUCAUCGACGAUUAUCCGUUUAUCUCGAUGGACACAGAGUUUCCCGGCGUCAUUUUUAAGGCCGAUCUCCGCCGUGGAAACCCCCUCGAUCUCUACACUAUACUCAAAUCGAACGUCGACGCGCUCAGCCUCAUCCAGGUCGGUCUUACUCUCUCCGACGUUGACGGAAACCUCCCGGAUCUCGGCGAUGACGCUGGCCGACGAUUCAUAUGGGAGUUUAAUUUCAAGGAUUUCGACGUGGCGCGUGACGCACACGCUCCGGAUUUGAUCGAGCUUCUUCGUUCAGGGGAUCGAUUUCGAGCGGAACCUCCGCGACGGUGUGGAUUCAGAGAGGUUUACGGAGCUGAUGAUGUCGUCGGGGCUUGUCUGCAACGAGGAGGUGAGCUGGGUGACUUUCCAUAG